AAGUGACGCGUCUCAGUCUAAAAUGGCCAGAACCAAACAAACCGCCCGUAAAUCCACCGGAGGCAAAGCCCCGAGGAAGCAGCUCGCCACCAAGGCUGCCCGCAAGAGCGCCCCGGCCACCGGCGGCGUCAAGAAGCCUCACCGCUACAGGCCCGGCACCGUGGCCCUGCGCGAGAUCCGCCGCUACCAGAAGUCCACGGAGCUGCUCAUCCGCAAGCUGCCCUUCCAGCGCCUGGUGCGCGAGAUCGCGCAGGACUUCAAGACCGACCUGCGCUUCCAGAGCUCCGCCGUCAUGGCCCUGCAGGAGUCCAGCGAGGCCUACCUGGUCGGUCUCUUCGAGGACACCAACCUCUGCGCCAUCCACGCCAAGAGAGUCACCAUCAUGCCCAAAGACAUCCAGCUGGCCCGGCGUAUCCGCGGGGAGCGAGCUUAGAUCUCACAACAACAACAACAACAACAACGGCUCUUUUAAGAGCCACACACUUUCUCUAAAAGAGCUGAUAAUCUCAAUUGAGAUAGUUGUUUAUAGUAAAUGUGAUCCUAUGAUGCUAGUGCAAUAACAGUCAUUAUGAAAUCAUGUUAAAUGUCAUUACAAUUAACCAUAUUUGAUAGAAACACAUCACCUUGUGUUUCACACACACACGUGUAUA